AACUGGUUUGUGGGACAGGCAGGGGGAGAGGAGCCUGCAUGUAGCAGGAUCUAGCGUUUAUUGUUGGGUGAGUAGUGCCCAAGUCUUUCAUGGAGAAAAUACUUAUCAGGCAGAUCAUGUUUCAAGAGAUGCGUGAAGAAUUGAAGAAUUCAGGUAAUUCAGAGGCUGAUGCUGAGAUAUACAUGAAGUUCAUGAAAAGUCAUUGCUGCUAUGAGGCCAUUCCAACCAGCUGUAAACUGGUCAUAUUUGACACAACACUACAAGUGAAGAAAGCCUUUUUCGCUCUUGUAGCAAACGGCUUGAGAGCUGCACCUCUCUGGGAUAGCAAGACACAGAGGUUUGUGGGUAUGCUGACUAUAACAGAUUUCAUCAACAUUCUCCAUCGUUACUACAGGUCCCCAUUGGUUCAAAUGAAUGAGCUGGAGAGGCAUCAAAUUGGAACAUGGCGAGAUGUGUACCUGCAAUACUCCAACCACUGUCUUCACAGUAUCACUCCAGACGCCAGCCUCUUCGACGCCAUCUAUUCCCUACUGAGAUAUAAGAUCCACAGAUUGCCGGUUAUCGAUCCCGUGUCCGGAAAUGUCUUACACAUUCUCACGCACAAGCGAAUCCUCAAGUUUCUCCAUAUAUUUUAUUCUACACAGAAAGAGACAGUCCCAAAACCCUGCUUCAUGCAGAAGACGAUCCAGGACGUUGGGAUCGGGACAUUCCAGAACAUUGCCACGGUCCAGCAGACGGCCUCAGUCUACGAUGCCCUGUCUGUGUUUGUAGAGAGGAGGGUCUCCGCACUGCCCGUAGUAAACGAGCAAGGCAAGGUGGUGGCUCUCUACUCCAGAUUUGAUGUGAUUAAUCUGGCUGCCCAGAAGACAUACAACAACCUGAACAUGUCCAUGCAGGAGGCCAUCCAACGGCGCUGCUGUUUCAUUGAGGGCGUCAUCAAGUGUCUCCCCGACGAGACCCUGGAGACCGUCAUUGAUCGCAUAAUUAAGGCUGAGGUCCAUCGGCUGGUCCUGGUGGACAAAGAGGACGUGUGCAGGGGGAUCAUCUCUCUCUCUGACCUGCUCCAGGCCAUGGUGUUAAGCCCGGCAGGUAUUGACGCCCUUUUAGCCCCUUAGCACCUGUGGGAGUCAGGCCCCCUUGCCCUACCUCCAUCUUCUACCGCCUCUAGCCCCACCUUCCUGGCCCAGGUAUGUCCACCCUUUUUCUCUCCUCUCCCCAAUCCCCCCCAGUUCACUGAUUGGCAUCAGACACACUUCUUUGACCCCCCACAACAGCUACUGCUGCUAUGUUUCUCUGAGCUUCAGCCACAUAUCAACCCCCCACCACAUACCCUGAAGCACCAACAUGCAAGUGGGCACACACACACAGACUUUCUCUGCAAAGGGUGAUGAUGAUGACCUCUGACCUAUCGUUCCCUGCUUGCCUGAUGCAUGGGGCGCAGUAUAAAUCCAAUGAUUUUCAAAAGGACUGCAAUCUUGAAGAUUCCAAGCCUUUGUGGUUGACAUUCUAUGGACUAGCUGCAGCUAAAAGGCUAAGUUACAGUAUGGCACUAGAGGAAUGUGGUGAUGUAUCGGCAUAAAGAUUUGAUGAUAUCUGAUUUCAUGGCACCCUAUUCCUUAUAGUGUACUACUUUUGACCAGUGUCCAUAGGACUCAAGUGAAAAAUUAAUAAAUAGCUUGGCUUGUGCAAGCCGAAACGGUUCAUCUCCUGUUUCUGUAGCGUGAGGCAGCUUGAUGUACAAGUACAGACCCUGGACAGGACACUAGUCUAUCUCAGGUCAGUAGUUCAUUAUAUAUAAGUAAUAGGGUGCCAUUUGGGAUGCAACCAUGUUGUUGUUAAUUUGCAUCUCUGAUUGUUUUUUAUCUAUGGCAUGAAUCUGUAUGGAGCUUAUUAUCUAUUUAUGCUGAUAUAAUAAGAACACACUUUGAUGCACACCUUUUUUUAUCAUAUGCUUUGGUUAUAAUCAUUCCAAUCUUUGAUAAUAUUGCAUUUCCACUAUUGUUUUUUCUUUUCCAGAGAUUUCAAGCAAAUCAAACUGAGAUCACUAGAGGACAAUGUGAAGUCCAUGGUGGAUGAAAAGGGAGACCGUUUUCAAAAUGUCAACAUACUGUUGUAGAGAAAAACAUAAUCCGCAACAAUCAGCUGUAUCAGUUGAGUUCAAUAAAACACAAUAUUCAUUAGUUACAUUUGAUCAAAUUGACGAUGUUACUUUGUGUUGCGCUGAAUUUGUGCUGUAUUAAACAUGUUCAAAUCAA